UUCCGCGCAUGCGCAGUGGCAUGUAAAUAACAGCAUCCGCGGUGGUUUGUUUUUGUGUCGCACAGGCUCAUUAAAUAGACGAUUUGCCGGUUUAUACUUACAGAAAAACCUUAUUAUAUCUGCUACGUUUGUGAAAGUACGACUCCAAAAAGAAUACAGCGUUAAAUUAGUCGAAAAUCCCGCGAGGUUUUGCAGCUAAGUGAGUGAAGUGUCAGUUAGCACACAGCUAUGAUAGAGACUAGCCGGAUGAGUUUGAGUCUGACACGUUUAUGAAGGCAGAAUUGAUCAAAUACGACCUUCGCUUGUUUUCUUACAUUUAAUUUAGUGAUUUGAACGCCUUUGAGCCGAACAUGCCGUGUGUGUAUGUGUGUUAAGCUGUUAGCAGAGGUGUGAUGAAGUGUUGAGUGUAGCAUGACACAGCAGGGUGUUGAUCAGAGCUGAUCCAAGAGCUCAAUAAUAUACGCAAAGAUACGAGAUCGUGGCAUUCACAGACAUGCUGACAGAAAACAGGAAACGUCAGCGCGCUGAUGAAGAUGCUCAGAUGCCUCAGGCCAAAAGACUGAGUUCGUCCCUCCAGAGCCCUGAGACGGGCAGGGAAUCAUGGGAGUCUGAGUCGUCCAGUAGCGAGAGCUGGAUCAGCAGUCCGGAUCAGUCCGCCACCGGGAGCAACAGUGGACCGGACCUCAUCGGGCCCAUCAGUCCCAUCAGUGCCUCCAAGCAGUCGGGACACAUGGACCCGCUGUCCUACCAGCACAUCAACCGAGUCCUGCGGGAAGCCCACUUCCACAGCUUACAGAGCCGAGCCCAGGCCAAGCACAGAUGACUUUCAGGAAAACACAAUCCCACAGUGUGGUCAGAAGUACCGACUUCGGCACCAAGUCGCUACUGAAAUUUUAAAAAUGUGUUGAGCGUAAUCAUAUACGCUUCUGAUUGGCCGCUGUGUUCAUGAGCUCGUCGGAUUUGUCUGUGAUUGGCUACAAUGAUCAACGAACGGAUCGACGCCUGUUUUCAAACGCCCACGUGUGUGUCUAAGCGUUUGCUGAAGAGUGUUAUUGAUGUAUUUUCACAACAUGUAGCCAAUCACAGACAUAUUUGAUGAGUGUGUAAGUACAAUGUCCAAUCAGAGCAGAGGUGUUUAUGAUUAUGCUCAAAGCGUCAAAUGAUUAAAAUGUCAGUACUGACUUUGUACCGAAGUCGGUACUUUUGACAGCACUACAAUCCCAGUAGCGACAGGGUAAAACCUCUUCAUCUCCAUCCUCAUUCAAACCUGCUUUCUUUGAUCUCUCUCUCUCUCUCUCCUCUACUCUAUCCUCUCUCUCUCUAUCUCUCUCUCUCUCUCUCUCUCUCUCUGUUAUGUUGAAUUGUCAUCGGAUGGAAAACACACCCUGGUACUGUACGCUCUCUGACUAACUAGAGCACAAAAGUGUUCAUUGUAAGCAAUAACGGCUUGACUAUGAUGCAAACUUUUGUGACUUUCACACUGUGUGUAUUCGAUUUGGGUUUUUUCAGCUGUAUUGAGAAGAAAGGAACAUUUUAGUGGGGGUAUUUGCACUUGUUGAUCAAAAGAUAUUGAUUCGGACCACUUAAAGCAACUCAGCUGUGCACAUUUGUAGUCGGGAGGCAUAUGAAACAUGGCAGAAUAUUGUGUUGGUUAGUUUGCAGUGCUGUAACGAAUGCGUGGAGAAGUAAAGCUGGUUGCUCAUCCAGGCGUCAGGCCUUCGAGACCCUGCCGAGGUUUUCUUGCGUGCUGUUCGAACUCAGAUUGCAUUUUAAAAGAUUGUUGUUUAUUUUUAACUAUACCUUUUUGUAUGGAAAGAUGUACAUUUACAUUUUACAUUCAGAUCAUCUACAUUUCUAAAUAAAGAUGGAUGUUCUUAAGCAAA